CGCCCCACCCGGCCAGCACUCAGGCCCCCUCCCGCGCUGCCCCUCUCUGCCCCGCCCUAAGCGCCGCGUGCCCCGAGGUUACCAUAGCUACUGCGCGCCGCUGCCAGGCCUCCCUAGCCGGUCCCGGCUGGCGGAGGAAAGAGGCUGCAUCAUGAGCCACGUAGUGACCAUCGAAGAGCCCCGGGCCAACCGCCGGGUGUCCCAGCACCAGGGCGGGCAGAGGUCGAGGGCCGGGGGCUACGCGUCCGCCAACCGAGCGUACGACUUCCUGUACGAUCCGCUGUUUAUUGUGUCAAGUGAGAAAGACCACACACAGGCACAUAUACAAGCCACCCUGGCUCGAAGCAGACUGAGGAAAGUUCCCAGGUUUAGAACCAUGUUCAGUAACCUGGUACAUUAUCCAAGAUAUUCUCUGUGCUGGAGCAAGUCAGAUCCAGUCCCCACCUUCAUCAGCCGAACAUGGAAAGGACAUGCAGAGAGACAGGAAAAAGCCCCCUGGCAGCUUGCCCCAACUGACACUUCUUUUCAGAUGCCUAAAAAAAUUGAUGAAGACCCUGAAAUCACUGGAAAGAAUCGCUAUAAAUACUUUGACAGGCCUUUCCUGCCAUUUGUUCAACAGAUGCCACUCAAUGUUCUUUUUGCAGCAGCCAAGAUGGAACCCUAUGCUUUUCCUCCUGCUUCUUCUAAGUGCCCACCCAUUCCUUCAAAGUCUACCGUGGCUACUCAGACUGAUUAUCGGGACGCUGAUGUUCAGACUGAUCCGUAUUCUCCAGAGUAUGUAGUAUGUCAGAACACUCUUCCCGAGCUCCUGACCCUGGCCACUCUGACGUGGGGCCGAGGUCUCCCAGCAGGAUUGGCUGAGGUGGAGAUGAUAGAACGAGCCCGGGAAAAGCGUGCCUGGGAAGCCACUCUGCCCCCUCUGAGUGACGGCUCCCAGUUUGAGAAGAGGAGGAAGAUGAUGGACGCAAUGGAGAGGAAAGAAUGGGCCUUCAGAGAGCAGGAGAUUGAAAAACUUCAGGAAAUUCGCUUGGAGGUUUUAAAAGAGCUGCUGAGGAAACGGGACAAGAAUAAAAAUGAAUUGAACAUGAAGCACUUGGAUGCCCAGUGGUAUAAACUGCAGGAAGCAAAAGAGGCAAAAGUGGCACAAAUCCAGCACACACACGUCUCUGCUAUCAGAAAACUUGUAGAAAAGAGGAAAAAUAUAGAAGGGAAGUUGAAGAGAAGAGAUAUCAUCAAGGAAUAUUCUGAUUAUGCAUCACAAGUCUAUGGGCCUCUGUCCCGCCUUGGUCGUUUCCCAGACAACAACUCAGAGGACUUUGUAGUAAAAAAUCACUAUCUGAACACUUAUGAAGGUUUAGUUGAACUUGAGUCAUCUCUCCCAGAUUUUGUGACAAAACCAAUAAUCAAACCCCCAAAACCAAAAGUCAUCACCACCAAAGCAGGUUUCCUGAAGAGGGGAAUAAGGAUGGACUAUGAGUUGGCAGAGGUUCAUAAGGCUUUGCUGGAUAAGAAGAAUAAAGCUCUUGAAGAAAAGAAACCUCUACGUUUCCUUCAAAAGAAGCCCAUACCUCAGCCGCGGCUUCCUACUCCUACCUUGGCAGUGACUUCCAACGAAGAAGAAGACAUAGAAACGGCUGUGAUCUAUCUUCAAAGGUUACUGCGUGGCAGAGUCAUUCAGAACAUGAUGUUUGAAGGGAAAGAAAAGCGACUGGAGUUGAUCCAGGAGCUGCGCACCAGCCACGCACUACAAGAGGAUGAGAAGCUGGUGAAAAAAGCCGAGAAGCAAGUGACCCUGGCCUUACAGCGGCAGAGGAACUUGCAUGAGCACAAGGUAUCACUGCUUGAAAACCACUUGGCUGGCCUGGAAGGAAGAGCGCUGGCAGACAUGCUUGACUUCCUGUCCAAAGAGCUCGUGAGACUUCAGGAAGAGAGGCGGAUCCACGCCUUCGCCAUGCUGGCCGAGCGCCAGCGGCGGACGAGGGAAGCGGAGGAGAGCGGAAGGCGCCAGUGUGAGCAGAGGCGCCUGCAGGAGGAGGACCAGAUGUUUAAGGAGGUGAUUAAAGUUCACCGGAGCACUGUAACCUCCUAUCUGGAAGACAUAAUAUUAAAUACUGAAGAGAAUACUGCUGAGGAACAAGCCAGAGCAGAAAUAGAAAGGAUGGCAGAGGAAAUCAAUGACAUUGCUUAUGAGAUGGAAAGCCGGCGAACUCAUCUUCAGUCAGAGGAGAUUGUCGCCGAGUUGGUAUAUAGUUUUCUGAUCCCAGAGGUGCAAAAGGACUUUGUCAAAGAGAAAGUGAGGAAUGCGCAGCGGAAGCACAUCCUUGCGGCCCAUCAGAUCAUCCACGGGCACACAGAAACCAUGCUCCAGCAGAGCUUUACGGAGCGGCAGCAGGACGAGGUCUCAAAUGCUGAGCAGAUCCUUGACGAUGACGCUCAGAAUGAGAACCACGGCUGAGGCUGCCACGCAGAGCCCCGCCAGGAACUGCAGCCCGGACUGACGAUUGGGCCGCCCACGUUCAUGCACAGUUUCGGCAUCUUCCUCCAGGGGUUGCUCCGCAUCUAGGCCUUCAGCACAUUGAUGCUCAAAAAUAAAACGAAAUUCAACCGCUCUGUUACUGGUGUAGUACUUUCCUGUUUGUCAGUGAGAGGAAAAAGCUGUCCCAACUCUAGUUUUCCCAGGACAAGGUAAACUCUACAGUUUAUAAAACCAGGCACUUUUUUCAACUAAUAAAAAAAAUUGUAACCCAACUUUGUUUUA